AACAAACGAUUUCCCAUAAAAUGAACUCGUUGGAAAAAAUGAAGGACGAAUGUUAUCGAACAGUCUUAAUACGCAACAAGUUGCACCAAACUUUGAUAUGUACUUCUGCCCAUCAUCUGCGAUGUACGAAAUACGCGAUCAUCGUCUGACAAUUACCUCGCAGCGGCGAACAGCGACGAUUAAUAUUACUCUCGAUGUAUGGACGAAUCCAAGAUUUUCUUUUCUACGUCAUCGAACGUAGCGACGCGGAAAGAAAGCGUCUUUCUCAUCGCUCGAUAUUUUAAUAACGGGACAAAAUGUAUCGUUACUGAGCCCUAUGUACACCGAACAUCGAUGUAAACAUAUCGCCAUGUCUGAUAAACUGCGUUUACGCUUCCUGAAAGGCAAGUCUUUAUUUUUGGCGAUUGGCAAUUGCGAAAUUAAACCGGAUCCGUGCAAUUCGACUUUCAUCUGUGUCCUUGACGCGCCUCCGCUCGCGGUUUCGUCCUUAUUCUCUCUCAAAAUUCGCUCUACCUCCAGACACGCUAUCAAAAUGUCAAUGUAAAAAAGAAAAUACACGCUGCAGCAGAUUCCGUGGAAAAUUAUCAAAGAUAUGUCUCGAUAUUCGUCGAAGAUUUUCUCAGCGAGCGAUAUCGUUUCCUCGUUUUCUUCUCUUUUUCGUAUCAGCUCAGGAAGAGAGGAAGAUCUGGAUCUGUUACGAGUAACGGGUACUGGUCGACCGUAUUUAAGCGAUCCUCCCGUAAGCAAGCAGAGCUGCGUGUGUGUCAAUAAACGUUGCGUGGGUUUUAAAAAGAAAUCAAAGUAGGAUCCACGCUUAUUUCUUCGGCUCAGUCUGUCCGUGUUCGAAAGCGUUAGACGAAUGUGUGACAAGACGAUUACAAUUGAAAAAAUGCAUAUCCUAACUGUGAUAUUCGCCGGCAUUGUGACGCUAUUAUCGCACGUUCCUACCGCAUCGAGCGAGCAAAGCGCCAUGGCGGAUGGCCAACCGAAAGGGGCCAAAUUGGCAUUAUCGCCCACUUCGUCGUUACAAACGGAAACGUAUCAAGACAGCAUCGAUUAUUACAAUUUCCCAAUCGACGAUACGUACAGACCGCUUCAGAACAAAAAAUGUCCACUAUGCGACAGCUCGGUCUAUCCCUAUUGCGGAGAAAAAUUGUUGCACGACGCGUGUUGUUGCACCAAUCCCUAUACUCACGACUUACCCUAUCAGUGUAAAUUAGCAGAUUGCCGAUUUUUACAUGCAAACAGUUGCAGGGAACAUCGAUUAAUCGCAACCUGUUGCUGCAGCGAUGAUUAUCGGUUUUUAUUGAAAAGUUUCCCGAACGCUUAACAAGCGUUAACUGCCAGGCGAAUUUUCCGAAAUCUGCCUAUUUAUUUUCAUCAUUUUAUAUCAUAACAUGGUACAAUAAAAAAGAAAAAUAUCGUUAACGAGCGAAAAUGAGUGAAAUCGUCAUAAUACCUAAAAGAAAUUAAUUCGUCUUAAUUAAUUUUUACUUUCCUAUGCAAAAACGAACGCGAAAUCUGUCGGCCCUUUGAUAUCACUGGGCCACGUGACACAAUCACCCGUUUUUUCGUUGCAAAAUCUUUCGCGCGUUACUGUUCCCAUUUUGUUAUCAAUUCGUAAAGUUACCACUGUAACGUAUCAGUACGUUUCCCAGCAUUUGAGAUUUGUAACAACUGUAUCACUCGUACACACAUUGUUAUCGAAUACAAGCUUUUGAAUACAAAUUCUUAUUAAUACCUAAAUUUCUUUUUUUCAUUAAGCAAGUAGAGACAAUACAAAAUUAUAGAUUCAGUGCUCGCAAAUUUACGUUACAUAGAGGAUUAUUACCACCCGGCAGCUUUUGGACGAUGCAGCAGCGAAGAUAACCGCACGAUGUCGAAAGGAUUCGUUCAACACAAAUUUGAGCUCGGAGGAUCGUUACAUGGAAGAUCCAGCAGAUGAUGUAAAUCUUAAGCGACGC